CUCAUGUCAUUAUUAAGAAUUUUCACGAUUGAAAUCUUCUAAAUAUAGUAAUAGAGUAAUUCAAAACCCUUACUUUCUCAGAUCGCCACCCCACUCCCACUCCUUUUCUCUUCCUACCAAUCACAUUUGGAAGAUUUUUGCAUGCUUUUCCUGAAACUACGAUCCGUAGCUUGAUAUGGCAAGGAAACCAUCAAAGUCUACCCGCCUAAAAAUGAUAGACGGGGAGCCGGAUAGAAUUAGUUAUUUACUAGGUGAUGUAAUAGACAAGAUUCUGUCACACUUGCCAAUUAGGGAAGCUGUGAGAACAAGUGUUUUAUCCAACAAAUGGAGGUACAAAUGGGCCACAAUACCAAAUCUUGUGUUUGAUAAACAAUGUGUCUCUGCAACAUCCAAAUGUUCCGAACUUUUUUUAGAUAUGGAGGGAAAGCUUAUGGAAAUUAUUGAUCAGGUACUUUUACUUUAUUCUGGGCCAAUCAACAAGUUCCAGAUCUCUCGUUGUGGUGUCAAUCUCAUUAGUGAGACUGCUCUUGAUAGGUGGAUUUUUCAUCUAACCAAAAGAUCUAUCAAAGAGCUUGUGCUGCAAAUAUCCGAACGAAAAUUGUAUAAGAUACCUUGGUGCUUAUUUUCUUGUCAAAGUUUACAUCAUCUAACAUUAUAUUAUUGUUUGCUUAAACCUCCAUCGACGAUUGAAGGCUUGAAGAACUUAAAAAGUCUUGAUUUGGAUCAUGUUAGCAUGUCUCAGUAUGCUUUUGAGAAUUUGAUAUCUAGUUGCCCUCUGCUUGAAAAUUUGACAUUGACAGAACUUGAUGGUUUCACCCAAAUAAACAUUCACGCACCAAAUCUUAAGGUUUUGGAUAUCUGUGGUAAAUUUGAGGAUAUUAGCUUUGACAACACUUUCCAAUUAGAUUAUGUAUUUGUUGAUUUAAGUUUGUAUUUGAACUCUGAAAGCAAUCAAAGUAGAUUGCAUGGAAGCCCCAGCAACUUGCUCAAUUUUUUUGCUCAUCUACAUCACAUACACGGCUUGGUUAUUAACGGCUAUUUUUUGAAGUAUUUGGCUGCAGGUGCUGUUCCAGUAAAGCUUCCUACACCUUGUAUUAAUCUAACAUAUCUUUGGUUUAGUAUAAACUUCUAUGACUUUAAGGAAAUUUCAACUGCUCUAUGUGUGUUCAGGAGCUCGCCUAAUCUUAAAGAAUUAAAUAUAUUUGCAAAACAUGAGAAGAAAACUAUCGUUUUAGCACCCGCCUUCUUUUGCUGGGAAGAUAUCUUUCUGGAGCCAUCCAUGCUCACCCGAGUGCGACAUGUAGGGAUUGAAGGCAUCUCUGGCAUCAAAUCUGAAUUAGAUUUUAUGAGAUUUCUACUUCUCCAUUCGCCUGUGCUAGAAAAGAUGAGAGUGAAGCCCAAUUUUAACGUUGGAUCGAAGUUGAUGUCAGAAUUGUUGCGAUUCAAGAGAGCCUCAGCACAAGCUGAAGUUGUUUACCUUGGGGAAGUCUAUUGGUGAUAUUUUUUAUUCAACUCUUAAAUGUAUAUUACUACCAUUUUGUCUCUUUAAUGUACCAACAAUGGUCACCAUUCCACAUCUUCAGUUUCUUUUUAAUAGGGAAAUGUUAGUUUGGUUA